AUGUCUAAACCGUCCAUUGGCUUCGUCGGCCUAGGAGCCAUGGGCUUCGGCAUGGCCACCCACCUCGUCAAAGAAGGAUACCCAGUCCACGGCUACGAUGUGUUCCCCGCAUCAGUGGAGCGCUUCAAUGCCGCAGGCGGAAUCCCAGCAUCCUCGCUGCUCGAGUCCGCCCAAGAUAAGCAGUUCUAUGUUUGUAUGGUGGCGUCAGCGCCACAAGCACAGAGCGUGCUUUUCGGCGAGGGUGGUAUUGUCAAAGCCCUCUCCCCAAACGCAACCCUCCUCCUUUGUUCCACUGUCCCGGCUACCUACGCCCAAUCUGUCGCGGCAGAGCUUCAAUCCUGCGGCCGCGGCGACAUCCUCUUCAUUGAUGCGCCUGUUUCAGGUGGAGCCAAGCGCGCUGCUGACGGUACACUUUCCAUCAUGGCCGGCGCAUCAGAUGCCGCGCUGGAGAGCGGGCGGUUCCUGUUGCAGGCUAUGUCCGACUCGAACAAGCUGUACCUUGUGCCUGGUGGGAUUGGCGCGGGUAGUAACAUGAAGAUGGUCCACCAGGUUCUGGCGGGAAUCCAUAUUCUCGGUGCUAGUGAGGCUAUGGGAUUCGCGGCGCAGUUGGGUCUUGAUGCGAUCAAGACUGCUGAUGCCAUUAAGUCUUCUGAUUCUUGGACUUGGAUGCAUGAGAAUCGUUUGCAGCGUAUGCUGGAGGAGGAUUGGCAUCCUGGUGCUAGUGCUCUGACGAUUAUUCUUAAGGACGUGGGCAUUAUCACCACGUCUGCUCGCCAAAGCCAUUUCCCGACUCCUCUUUGCUCGGCCGCCGAGCAGGUUUAUCUCUCUGCUUUAUUGCAGGGAUAUGGAGCUGUGGAUGACUCUUCCAUGGUGCGUCAGUACUUCGCGGAGCCAAUUAUGCAGGUCUCCAGCACUAAGUCCGCUGAGGAAACUGCCGAGGCACUUCGGCUGGUUCUCGAUUUGAUGGAGGUGACCAAUCUGGUUGCAGCAGCCGAAGCUAUUGCAUUUGCACGCUACCUCAAUGUCGAUCUCAAGCAGUUCUUUACCCUUGUCAGUGAUGCUGCCGGAGCCAGUCGGCAGUUCAUGACGAAGGGAUUAGAGAUGAUUGAGGGACGUAUUGGAGAGGGCGCUGGGUCCGAGACUAUUGACGAUGCUAUUUCUCGUCUGGAGAAGGCUUCUCAGAAGGCGCGGGACCUUCACUGUCCGUUGAAUCUGGGUAAUGCUGCUUUGAUGUGA